AGGAAGCCUCUGCCCUAACGGAAUUUGCAGGUGUGGAGACGACCAUGGGAUGCCAGGGCCGUGGGAGACCAUUUAUUUUCUAGGCGUUGCUGAGGUUUGCAGUUGCUGGUUCUCCCGGUGGAAUUUGGAAGGGGUCAUGAAUCAAACUGAUGCUCCUCGACCCCUAAACUGGACCAUCCGAAAGCUGUGCCACGCAGCCUUUCUCCCAUCUGUCAGACUUCUUAAGGCUCAGAAAUCCUGGAUAGAAAGAGCAUUUUAUAAAAGAGAAUGUGUUCACAUCAUACCCACCACCAAAGACCCCCAUAGGUGUUGCUGCGGGCGUCUAAUAGGCCAGCAUGUUGGCCUUACUCCCAGUAUCUCCGUUCUUCAGAAUGAGAAAAAUGAAAGUCGCCUCUCCCGAAAUGACAUCCAGUCCGAGAAGUGGUCCAUCAGCAAGCACACUCAACUCAGCCCAACGGAUGCUUUUGGGACCAUUGAGUUCCAAGGAGGUGGCCAUUCCAACAAAGCCAUGUAUGUGCGAGUAUCUUUUGAUACAAAACCUGAUCUCCUCCUACACCUGAUGACCAAGGAAUGGCAGUUGGAGCUUCCCAAGCUUCUCAUCUCUGUCCACGGGGGCCUGCAAAAUUUUGAACUCCAGCCAAAACUCAAACAAGUCUUUGGGAAAGGUCUCAUCAAAGCAGCCAUGACAACCGGAGCGUGGAUAUUCACUGGAGGGGUUAACACAGGUGUUAUUCGUCAUGUUGGAGAUGCCUUGAAGGACCACGCAUCUAAGUCUCGGGGAAAGAUAUGUACCAUAGGUAUCGCCCCCUGGGGAAUUGUGGAAAACCAGGAGGACCUGAUUGGAAGAGACGUCGUCCGACCAUAUCAGACUAUGUCCAAUCCCAUGAGCAAGCUCACUGUUCUCAACAGCAUGCAUUCCCACUUCAUUCUGGCCGACAAUGGGACCACCGGAAAAUAUGGAGCAGAGGUGAAACUUAGGAGACAACUGGAAAAGCAUAUUUCACUCCAAAAAAUAAACACAAGAUGCCUGCCGUUUUUCUCUCUUGACUCCCGCUUGUUUUAUUCAUUUUGGGGUAGUUGCCAAUUAGACCCAAUUGGAAUUGGUCAAGGUGUGCCGGUGGUGGCGCUCAUUGUGGAAGGAGGACCCAACGUGAUCUCCAUUGUCUUGGAGUACCUUCGAGACACCCCUCCCGUGCCAGUUGUCGUCUGUGAUGGGAGUGGACGGGCAUCUGACAUCCUGGCAUUUGGGCAUAAAUAUUCAGAAGAAGGCGGGCUUAUAAAUGAAUCUUUGAGGGACCAGCUAUUGGUGACCAUCCAGAAGACGUUCACAUACACUCGAACCCAGGCUCAGCAUCUCUUCAUCAUCCUCAUGGAGUGCAUGAAGAAGAAGGAAUUGAUUACCGUAUUUCGGAUGGGAUCAGAAGGACACCAAGACAUUGAUUUAGCUAUCCUGACAGCUUUGCUCAAAGGAGCCAACGCCUCGGCCCCAGACCAGCUGAGCUUAGCUUUAGCCUGGAACAGAGUUGACAUCGCUCGCAGCCAGAUCUUUAUUUAUGGGCAACAGUGGCCGGUGGGGUCUCUGGAGCAAGCCAUGUUGGAUGCCCUGGUUCUGGACAGAGUGGAUUUUGUGAAAUUACUGAUAGAGAAUGGAGUAAGCAUGCACCGUUUUCUCACCAUCUCCAGACUAGAGGAAUUGUACAAUACGAGACAUGGGCCCUCAAACACAUUGUACCACUUGGUCAGGGAUGUCAAAAAGCGAGAAUAUCCAGGUUUCGGUUGGAUCUAUUUUAAGGGAAACCUGCCCCCCGACUACAGAAUCAGCCUGAUCGACAUCGGCCUGGUGAUCGAGUACCUGAUGGGCGGCGCCUACCGCUGCAACUACACGCGCAAGCGCUUCCGCACGCUCUACCACAACCUCUUCGGCCCCAAGAGGCCGAAAGCCUUGAAACUGCUGGGAAUGGAGGAUGAUGUUCCCUUGAGGCGAGGAAGAAAGACAACUAAGAAGCGUGAAGAAGAGGUGGACAUUGACUUGGAUGACCCUGAGAUCAACCACUUCCCUUUCCCUUUCCACGAGCUGAUGGUGUGGGCUGUCCUGAUGAAGCGGCAGAAGAUGGCCCUGUUCUUCUGGCAGCACGGUGAGGAGGCCAUGGCCAAGGCCCUGGUGGCCUGCAAGCUCUGCAAAGCCAUGGCUCACGAGGCUUCUGAGAACGACAUGGUCGAUGACAUCUCCCAGGAGCUGAACCACAACUCCAGGGACUUUGGCCAGCUGGCCGUGGAGCUCUUGGACCAGUCCUACAAGCAGGACGAGCAGCUGGCCAUGAAACUACUGACGUACGAGCUAAAGAACUGGAGCAAUGCCACAUGCCUGCAGCUCGCCGUGGCUGCCAAGCACCGCGACUUCAUCGCGCACACGUGCAGCCAGAUGUUGCUGACAGACAUGUGGAUGGGCCGGCUCCGGAUGCGCAAGAACUCAGGGCUCAAGGUAAUUCUGGGAAUUCUACUUCCUCCUUCAAUUCUCAGCUUGGAGUUCAAGAACAAAGAUGAUAUGCCCUAUAUGACUCAGGCCCAAGAAAUCCAUCUCCAAGAGAGGGAGCCAGAAGAACCAGAGAAGCCCACGAAGGAAAAAGAUGAAGAGGACAUGGAAUUGACAGCAAUGUUGGGACGAAACAACGGGGAGUCCUCCAGGAAGAAGGAUGAAGAGGAAGUUCAGAGCAGGCACCGGUUAAUCCCCCUGGGCAGAAAAAUCUAUGAAUUCUACAAUGCACCCAUUGUGAAGUUCUGGUUCUACACCCUGGCGUACAUCGGAUACCUGAUGCUCUUCAACUAUAUCGUGUUAGUGAAGAUGGAGCGCUGGCCUUCCACCCAGGAAUGGAUCGUCAUUUCCUACAUUUUCACCCUGGGAAUUGAAAAGAUGAGAGAGAUUCUGAUGUCAGAGCCAGGGAAGUUGCUACAGAAAGUGAAGGUAUGGCUGCAGGAGUACUGGAAUGUCACAGACCUCAUAGCCAUCCUUCUGUUCUCCGUCGGAAUGAUCCUUCGUCUCCAAGACCAGCCCUUCAGGAGUGACGGAAGGGUUAUCUAUUGCGUGAACAUCAUUUAUUGGUACAUCCGUCUAUUAGACAUCUUCGGCGUGAACAAGUAUUUGGGCCCAUAUGUAAUGAUGAUUGGAAAAAUGAUGAUAGACAUGAUGUACUUUGUCAUCAUUAUGCUGGUGGUGCUGAUGAGUUUUGGAGUCGCCAGACAAGCCAUUCUCUUUCCCAAUGAGGAGCCAUCAUGGAAAUUGGCCAAGAACAUCUUCUACAUGCCCUACUGGAUGAUUUAUGGGGAAGUGUUUGCGGACCAGAUAGACCCUCCCUGUGGACAGAAUGAGACCCGAGAGGAUGGCAAAAUCAUCCAGCUGCCUCCCUGCAAGACAGGAGCCUGGAUCGUGCCGGCCAUCAUGGCCUGCUACCUGCUAGUGGCAAACAUCCUGCUGGUGAACCUCCUGAUCGCUGUCUUUAACAAUACCUUUUUUGAGGUAAAAUCGAUAUCGAACCAAGUGUGGAAGUUUCAGAGGUAUCAGCUCAUCAUGACUUUCCAUGAAAGGCCGGUUCUGCCCCCACCUCUGAUCAUCUUCAGCCACAUGACCAUGAUAUUCCAGCACCUGUGCUGCCGAUGGAGGAAACACGAGAGCGACCCAGAUGAAAGGGACUAUGGCCUGAAACUCUUCAUAACUGAUGAUGAGCUCAAGAAAGUACAUGAUUUUGAAGAGCAGUGCAUUGAGGAAUAUUUCAGAGAAAAGGAUGAUCGAUUCAAUUCAUCCAAUGAUGAGAGGAUACGGGUGACUUCAGAAAGGGUGGAGAACAUGUCCAUGCGGCUGGAGGAAGUCAACGAGAGAGAGCACUGCAUGAAAGCUUCGCUCCAGACCGUGGACAUCCGGCUGGCGCAGCUCGAGGACCUCAUCGGGCGCAUGGCCACGGCCCUGGAGCGCCUGACAGGUCUGGAGCGGGCCGAGUCCAACAAAAUCCGCUCUCGGACCUCCUCGGACUGCACAGACGCAGCCUACAUCGUCCGCCAGAGCAGCUUCAACAGCCAGGAGGGGAAUACCUUCAAGCUCCAAGAGAGUAUAGACCCUGCAGGUGAGGAGACCAUGUCCCCAACUUCUCCAACCCUAAUGCCCCGUAUGCGAAGCCAUUCUUUCUAUUCAGUCAAUGUGAAAGACAAAGGUGGUAUAGAAAAGUUGGAAAGUCUUUUUAAAGAAAGGUCCCUGAGCCUACACCGGGCUACUAGUUCCCACUCUGUAGCAAAAGAAUCCAAAGCUCCUGCAGCCCCUGCAAACACCUUGGCCAUUGUUCCUGAUUCCAGAAGACCAUCUUCAUGUAUAGACAUCUAUGUGUCUGCCAUGGAUGAGCUCCACUGUGAUAUAGACCCUCUGGACAAUUCCAUGAACAUCCUUGGGCUGGGCGAGCCAAGCUUUUCGGCUCCAGUACCUUCCACAGCCACAUCAAGUAGUGCCUAUGCAACUCUUGCACCCACAGACAGACCUCCAAGCCGGAGCAUUGAUUUUGAGGACAUUACCUCCAUGGACACUAGGUCUUUUUCUUCAGACUAUACCCACCUCCCAGAAUGCCAAAACCCCUGGGACACUGACCCUCCAAUGUACCACACCAUCGAGCGUUCCAAAAGCAGCCGCUACCUAGCUACCACACCCUUUCUUCUAGAAGAGGCCCCCAUUGUGAAAUCUCAUAGCUUUAUGUUUUCUCCUUCGAGGAGCUAUUACGCAAACUUUGGGAUGCCCAUGAAAACAGCAGAAUACACAAGCAUUACAGACUGUAUUGACACAAGGUGUGUCAAUGCCCCUCAAGCGAUUGCCGACAGAGCCACCUUGCCUGGAGGUCUUGGAGGCAAAGUGGAGGAAUCAUCUUGCUGCCAUCCUGAACGAGAAGCAGAACUGAGUCACCCCAGCUCUGACAGUGAGGAGAACGAGGCCAAAGGCCGGAGAGCUACCAUCGCGAUACCCUCCCAGGCGGGUGAUAACUCAGACAGAACCCUGUCCAACAACAUCACAGUUCCCAAGAUAGAGCGUGCCAACAGCUACUCAGCAGAGGAGCCAAGCGCACCAUAUGCACACACCAGGAAGAGCUUCUCCAUCAGUGACAAACUCGACAGGCAGCGGAACACAGCAAGCCUGCGAAAUCCCUUCCAGAAGAGUAAGUCCUCCAAGCCGGAGGGCCGAGGGGACAGCCUGUCCAUGAGGAGACUGUCUAGAAUGUCCGCUUUCCACAGCUUUGAAAGCAAGCACAACUAAACCUUCAU